AUGGCUGAAAGAAACCUCCGAACUGAGCGCAUACAACAGGAAAGAAAAAACUGGAGAAAAGACCAUCCGUUUGGUUUUUAUGCGAAGCCCAUGAAGGCUCCUGAUGGAUCACUAGAUCUACUCAAUUGGACGGCUGGAAUCCCUGGAAAAUCAAAUACACUGUGGGACAACGCCACUUACCCGCUUACCAUCAUAUUCCCUGAAGAAUACCCUGCCAAGCCUCCAAAAGUCAAGUUUCCAGCUGGCUUUUACCAUCCAAAUGUCUAUCCAUCGGGUACGGUGUGUCUGUCGAUAUUGAACGAAGAACAAGAUUGGCGGCCCGCCAUUUCCCUGAAACAAAUAUUGCUGGGUGUCCAAGAACUACUUAAUACACCAAACCCUGAUUCUCCUGCGCAGGAACCUGCCUGGAGACUUUACACCAAGGACCGUGUCGCAUACGAGAAAAAGAUCAGGGAACAGACCAAACGGUAUGCCAAUCCAGACAAAUAA